GGAAAGAUACUUGUUAGCUUUGCGAAGUGAUAUCGUUAGUAUAUAAAACUUAAACUUAAUAAUUUGAGGUCUCUUUAAAAAAAAUUGCUGAAGUUAAAACUUCUUUGUUUGCAGCUCGCGAUGGAUCGUCUUUGCAUAAUCCUUGUUCUCUCUGCGAUUGCAGCCCAUGUGUGCGUUGCAUCGAAAUUUCAAGACUGUGGUUCAGCUGCUAAAGUGAAUAGUGUUACCAUAAGUGAUUGUCCCGAUUCUCUUGAUGAGUGCCCAUUAAAAAGAGGUACAGAAGCCAGCAUCAGCAUUGGAUUCAAAUCUAACUCCGAAACGAAGACCCUUAAAGCCGUCGUCCACGGUAUUAUAUCUGGUGUUCCUUUGCCAUUCCCACUUCCUCAACCAGAUGGCUGCAAGAGUGGAGUUUCUUGUCCAGUGCAGAAGGGACAGUCUUAUACCUACGCCAAUAAGCUGAAGGUGAAGAAUUCCUAUCCUCCAUUGGCUGUUAAAGUGAAAUGGGAGCUGAAAGAUGAGAACAACAAUGACCUGAUAUGCGUGGAAAUACCAUGUAAAGUGCAAUAAGGAAACAUCUACUCAUGAUCUUUUUUUGUGUGUGUGUGUUUUUCUAUUACAGUGCAGUGCUAAAGAAGUUUAACAUAUAUAUAGUUUUUAAUUAAUUCGAACUGAGAUAUGCUACGGACGAUUUUGUGAUUGAUUCUACCGUGAGUUUUAAACAAUAUUCUUCUUCAGAAAAUUUGUUUUAAGUUAUGUGGAAUCAGCAAUGCCAUUAAAAACUCAGGAAAUUACCAUAACACGCUGAGUAUAAUUUGUUGUAAAUAGCAAUUCAUAUGUGACAGAUCAUUCAGUACAGAAUAUAUUACAGUGCAUAACUUAAAAUGUUUUUGUUUAUUAAUGAUUAAUUUAUGCUGUUAAUUUAUUCCGACUGUUUUGUGUGUUUAUGCAAAGCGAACCAUUCAAGAAUGUAUGCGAACCAGACAGUAUGUGCAUAGUAUUAGUAUAUUUAGGAAGAUUUGGAUACCAGCUAAAUUUUAAUAUUAAUAAAGGUUUUAUUGAAUUAA